UUUUUAUACCCCGGUUUAUGCUGGUUUGGGCUGCAAAGAUGAACAACCAGGAGGACCGCAAUCAUACAUCUGACCAUUACUUUUUGUCUGAGUGAUCAGGACAGAUCUGCUUGCUGUGAUAUCACAGCCCGGACUGUGUAGUUCUAGGCCGGGAUAGUCAUAUCUAGGGUUCUGGGAGAAGUGAAUACUGUUCUUAUGUGCCAAACGUUGACCCCUUUCUUUCUUACGCGCAUCGUUUGGAGUGGCGUGGAUGCAUGCCGACUUACCGGCAGUGAGUCUAAAGGAUGGGUAUACGCACAACGACGGUUGAUCGGCAUGCGUGGAUGAACCACACGCCUACUGUCAGCUCUGACAGGAGCCGUUCCUGUAAUCCCAAUUUAUGACUGUAGUGACACGACUGAGAGGCUGCUAUCUACGGAGCGAGGUUGUGUCGACUUCUGAUUGAUGAUGACAGAUAACAGCUGCGCGGAGUCAGACGAUGAAGAUGAUCAGGUGGAGAUGGAGGAGCCGUCGAUCGAAAUUCCAUACGGCUGGGUUGUUGCAGCGUCUUCAUUCAUCCUCCAGAUGCUGGUCGUCGGGUGUACCACUGGUUACGGUGUCAUCUAUGUGGAGUUCCUCGAAUAUUUUCAACAAUCUAGAUCAAAGACGUCGGGCAUUGCUGCCUUAUGUCAACUAUUUUUAUCAUUUGGUGGCAUCGUCUGUUCGUGGGCCACACCGCGUUUCGGCCACAGAAAAACUCUCAUGGUUGGCGUUCUCCUGUCAACGGUCGCGAUGAUCUCCAGCGGGUUCGCUCCAAACGUGUUCUAUCUGUACGCCACCUAUGGUAUAAUCGGAGGUUUCGGCUUCGGGUUAUGCUAUGUUGGUUCUCUCUCCAUCGUGGCACUGUACUUCGACAAGAGGCUGUCCUUGGCAUCAGGCCUUGCUAUGGCGGGAGGUGGCUUUUCCUACUUCAUCUUUCCACCGACAAUCAAAGCGGCAAUAGAGGCUUACACGGUCAGAGGUGCUAUGGUGAUACUUUCAUGUCUGUGGCUUCAAGGGUGCGUCUGUGCGGCUCUAAUGCGACCUCCACCUCCCAGGAAAGUUCGCAUUGGGAAGAAGGAUCCCGAGGACAUGGAGUUGAUGAAGGGCGGUGAACCUGAUCCUCUGAUGAAAAAGAGGUCUUACGAGAAUAUAGUUGAGCAUUUAGACAAAGGGAAAGAUUUUCAAUCAAAAGAAGAAUCUCAGACGUCUUUAACGUUGGACAGUGGGUUCAAACCAGCCGUGUCUGGUUUCACGGGCAAAGAGGAAGAGGACACGCCAAGGACUAAGAGCAGACGAUAUCGCAUUUCCUUCAAAGGUUGCCUGAAAGGCAACAUUAUUUUAGAAUGGAAGUUUUGGUUCUUUGCUUUAGCGACAGUGCUGUAUCGAAUUGAUUUCACAACAUUCCCCCACAUAGCACCAGACUUUGCACUGGUGACGGGACACAGUAAACUCCAGGCGCACAUCCUGAUGAACAUCCUCGGCGCUUGUUUGAUCCCGGCACGGAUCAUCGGAGGACACAUUCUGGACCGGCCAUUGACGAAUGUUUUCGUCAUGAUGAUAGGAAACCUGCUGUUAUUUGGCACAAUCAGCUUAGGAUACCCGUUUACGAGAGACGUCUUCUGGUUGAUGGCGGUGCUGACAGGGUGUCGUGGUGCUGUCCAGGGUAUCAUCGCCAUCUUCCCCGUGCCAAUUGGCGUGGAACUGUUUGGAGUCGAGAGAAUAACGCAUGCUUUGGCCUACUUCAACUUAUUCAAGGGGAUCGGUGAUCUCAUCACGGCGCCGCUGGGAGCCAGUAUCUAUGACCAUACCGGUGACUAUCUCCUCGUUUACGUCACCUGCGCGUGUAUGAGCGUUAUCGCCGCUGGCCUGACCCUGUAUCUGUACUUGCAUUCGAAAGGAAUCUUCAACAAAUUUCGGCAACAGAAGAGAAGAGAGACGUAUUGAUGACGUUAGGAGAAAGAUCUGUUCCAUGUUCAUUGUUUUCAGGCUUUUUAGGCUUGAUCUCUCCACUGCAUCUUGCUGGUCGUUGGUGUUAUUUUGACCUUUUAUCUGCCUGAAUAGCCCCCCCCCCCCGAUAGCCCCGUGCGCAAGAGGCGAAGUUACCGCUAGGCACCAACAGCGAUAUAGCCGAACUAACACAGUACAAUGU